AUGUCAGAGCCAAUAGUUCAACUUCUCGAGAUUGAAUUAAAGGGUAAUAAUCCCGACAUGUACACAAACCAACUCAAUUGGAAGAUGCGGCUAGAGGCAUCAGAGAUGCUUUCAGAGCCUAUUUCAAUUACCUUUGUUUGGGUAGGCAGCGCCUCUUCGCCGGCUUUUGAUCAAACCCUCGACAGCUUUGACGUCGGGCCGCUCGAAAGAGGUCAGACGGAAAUCGAUUUAGAAUGCGAUCCUCCCCAGCUGGAGUUAGUUCCUCCAGGGGACGCGCUGGGGGUUACCAUUUUGAUUAUUUCUUUUCAAUAUCGCUCGCAGGAGUUCCUACGGGUUGGGUACUACGCGCAAGUCGCGUAUUUUGAUAAUCAUUUGAAUGAAAUGCCCCCAGAGAUCCCGCACAAAGAACUGCUCGGGCGAUUUAUAGCAAUGCCGCAACCUGUCGUUACGGUCACUCCGAUCGAGUGGUAUGCCUAA